UAAUUAUGUAAUCAUUUGCUAAUUUCAUAUCAUACGAAUUGAAAUAUUUUAAUAAACAAUCAAAUCAAUCAAAAUGAAUUUGACCAAUUCGGAAUUUUCGACGUUAAAAAAAUCAGAAUAUUCUACAGAGGAGGAAAAAAGUGAAUAUAAUGAUAAUAUAAAAUAUUUGAAAGAAGAAAAAAAUUCCACCAAAGAAUCCAAUCUUUGUCCAUUUGAAUUGUUAUGGAGUUUCGGAUUAAAUUCAGACGUACCUCUAAUAAAUUUAACCACGAAAAAUCGAACGCUUAUCGCUUACUCCUGUUCGCAUAUCGUAAUAAUCUAUAACUAUGAGACUAGAGAAGCGUUAAAUCUUCAAGGUCAUAAAAAUACGGUGAGAACGUUAUCGACGUCGAUAGAUGGAAAAUGGUUACUGUCUGCAGAUUUUGAGGAGGAUUGUGUAGUUGUUGUUUGGGACACUGAAACUGGGUAUAAAGUUUGAUGAUGAAAAAAAGGAUAAAUUGUAAAUUAUACAAGAUAAAGAAUUUAUCUUAUAUAAUAUAUAAUAUUAUUCAACUUAGAUUAUUCAUGUUAAUGAAAAUAUAUAAAUAUAUUCAUCGUAAUAAUCUUGCCAGGAUUUUUUGAAGUCAUGACACAAUAACGAUUCGAUUUCCUUCGCAUUUUUCGUUUGAAAUAUUCGGCAACAUUAAAUACGCAUUAAGUAAUAAAAAAAAAAAAAAAGAACUGAAGAUAUUCUUUUCUAGUGUACCAAUUUCUACUCUAUUCAAUCCACACGAUGAUCAAGAAAUGACAGCGGUUAGAAUUAGCCCAAAUGCUAAAUACAUAGUGACUGUUGGAAAUGAAUUUCACCAAAAGGUUCAUUUUUGGCUGUGGACAUACGGAAAAGAUAAACCUGAUAGUUAAUUACACUUACUGCAUUCUAAUUAAAUUUUAUUUAAAAUACAAAUUAUUGAACAUUGUUAUCCAGUUCCGUUAAAUUUCUUAUAAUUCGUUACAAAGCAUAUAUAAUCUAGGAUCAAAAUCAUAUCUCAAAAAAUCAUGGAAACAUCCGUCACAACUGGAUGAAUUUCCAGUCAAUGAUUAUUUUCAUAUUUUUGGGACAUCUUAUAGUUAUCUAAAAUUUUCAAAUUUAUGUUUUAGAGACUGUAGAGAUAACCGAAUUUGAUACGAAUAGAAUAAAAGAAAUAGCAUUCAAUGAAUAUUGUUCGGAAGAGUUUGUUUUAAUUGCCGAUUAUAAUGUCAUAUUUUUUAAAUGGGAACAAGAGGAAUUGAAAUUUUACGUACCACAAAUUUCGAGCAAGCUACGACGAUACGGGACCUUCAAUUGCUCUUGUUUUAUACCUAAAACGCUACGAGUAUUAACAGCUACAACAAAUGGAUAUAUCAUUGUUUGGGAUACUUCUGGUGAGAAAGAUAAAACUAAGAGUUAUGUUGCGAUUAAAAACAAGGAAAGAAAAUACAUCAAGAGUGUUAAGUUGGAGAUAAGUAGUAUUCUGGUGGUAUUGCAUAAGGACGGGUAUAUCUAAUAUUUUUUCUCAAUAAAUAACAUAUAAUUUCAUUGUUACAAUAUUGCACAAAGUAAAGUGUAAUUUAAUUUUAAGGUAAACAAUAAUGAUAAUUAUCGUAGGAAGAUAGUGACUGGAUCCUUAAAUGGGCGCAUCAAUUUCUACGAUCAAGAUUUAAAAAUACUCUAUUGGUGUGAACAUGAACUUCUGGAUGGUAUACGAUCGAUAAGUUUUGAUUUUUCAUCUUCGUUAUUGGCUCCUGUGGAUAGAAUCAGUGAAACUGAUUGUAAGCAUUUAUUUGAAUUCUAAAAGGAAAAAAUGUUUUAGAAAAAGA